AUGAGCAACAGAAAUAAUCCUCCACAGCGUACAACACAUCCACCUAUCCGCAGCUGUACUUUCUGCCGACAGCGCAAGAUAAAAUGCGAUCGCCAGAAACCUUGCUCGAAUUGCGACCGUGGCGGCCGUGGUCUUGAAUGUGUAUACCCUCCUGGCCCAGGUCGGAGCGCCAAACGCCCUCGACAGCCCAUAGACCCCACCAAGGUGUUCAACCGCCUAGACCGUUUGGAAUCCAUGAUCAAUCGCCUAGGAACCCAAAAUUCUUCGCUACCACUUGAGGCUGCUGAUGAAGAUUUGCUUUCGCCGGCCGAGAAGCCACCUUCAGUCAUAGAUGGCGCUGAUCAGCCAAACAAAAUCCAGCCCAACAUCAUCGACCAGCAGCUCGGAAGGCUGGUCAUCGACGACACAAGGAGUUAUUAUGUCAGCAAUCUCUCCUGGGCAAGUUUGGGCAAUGAGGUCGAAGAACUGCGCAACUUGUUGGCCGAGCCUACGUCUGAGGAGGGCGACUACCCGCUCGAGUAUAAUGCGACGCCCUCGUCCUUCGACCCAGACGCCUCAAUACUGGGGUUCGGACCUGUUUCCAAUACCCUCCAGAGAUAUCAUCCCCUACCGUCCGAGGCCAUUAUAUUAUUACAAGUUUUCAAGGAAAACGUGGCCCCAGUCGUAAGAACAUUGCACAUGCCGACGACGGAGCGCAUAUAUCAAGACGCUAUAGCUGCUCUAGAUUCAUUGGACAGGAACGUGGAGGCUCUCAUGUUCGCCAUCUACUAUUCAGCUGUUAUAAGUAUGCCGCCUCAGCAGUGCACGACCAUUCUAGGUAUGUCUCGGGAGAGCCUACUGGAAAGGUAUCGUUUCGCUGUCAAACAAGCCCUGGCCCGCGCCAACUUGCUGAAGACCGAAAGUAUAAUCGUCCUACAGGCUGCUGUGCUCUUCAUCGAAAGCGUCCGCAACGAAGACGACAGCCGUACAGUCUGGUCUUUGACUUCGCUCAUUGUCCACAUCGCGAAGGCCAUGGGAUUGCACCGGGACGGGGCCGCCUUCGGGUUGAAGCCCUUCGAGACAGAGCUGCGACGACGGCUAUGGUACCAUAUUUGCCUUCUGGACAUUCGAUCAUCCGAGUACCAUGGCUACGAGCCCAUCGUUAAUGGAUGCGGGUUCGACACAAAGCUACCACUGCAUAUCAACGACAGCGACCUGACACCUGAGAUGGCAAGCCCCCCACCUGAAAGGGAGGAAGCAUGCGAGAUGACCUUGUGUCUCAUCAGGUCCGAUUACAUGCGCCUAGGAUGGAAAGUCAACUUCGCGCCACCUUCCAUUGUCAGUCCCGACGGCGCAACCAAUGCAGGACUCAGCAGGAACGACGGGCAUAUGCUGGUGGAGAGAUUCGAAACCCGCUUGCAACAGCGCUACCUCUGCCACUGUGAUACAGACGAGCCUUUCAUGUUUCUCACUUCAGCCAUUGCUCGUCUGAUGAUAGCGCGCUCAAGGAUCAGUGUUCAUAAAACUGUGCACCGGAACAGUGCAUCGAAUAGCACAGAACAUGACAGCGAUACGCGUGACUAUCUGUUCCAGAAGAGCAUCGAGGUGCUCGAGGUUUCUUCCCUCCUGCUGACCAGCAAACACCUUACCAAAUGGACAUGGCAUACGAAAACACACGUGCAAUGGCAUGCGGUGGCUUUUGUGCUGUCUGAGAUCUGCUCCCGCCCGGCAGGCCCGGACUGCGAUCGUGCGUGGGGGUACGCGUGUACCUUGUUCGACGAGUGGAAAGUCAAGGACAACGCUAGGAGAGGAUCUUUAUGGCGGCCCAUCAAGCGACUCCUGGCGAAAGCUCGGUACGUGCGCGAGCUGCAAACCGUCUCUGGGCUGCAUGACAAACAUUAUGACUCCCAAAGUGCAGCGACUUUGAUGCAGGAGUUUGAAGGGAGCCCAGAAGAUCUGGACUCGGCUAGCACCAACUGGGAAAGCUCUUCGUCAACAAAUGACAUGUUCGACGCGUUUGCAGCAAACGGUACGCCAAACAUAUCAGGAAUGGGAUAUUUGGAUCCAUUGGUCGCUCCUUUCUCAGAUCCCAUGUGGCUGAACAACUACGAAUUCUGA